AUGCCCGCUUACAAGUUCACCAAUAGAGUUCAUCCAAUACCACUCGGUCAUACCAACCUUUUCGAACCUAUUGAGGUUGGGGAUAUGAAGUUGGCACAUCGUGUCGUUAUGGCUCCAUUGACUAGGUUGAGAGCUACCAAAUAUGCCCCAAACGGCGAAUUGGCUCCAGAGUACUACGCUCAAAGAGCUCAAAGACCAGGUACCUUGAUUAUUACCGAGGCAUCAUAUCCAGCACCUCAAUUUGGUGGUUAUGUUAAUGCACCAGGUUUAUGGGCCAAAGAACAUUGGGAUGUCUGGAGAGAAGUCUUCAAACGUGUGCAUGAAAAAAAAUCUUUUAUCUACGUUCAAUUGUGGAAUAUGGGUAGACAAGCUCCGCCUGCAGUUUUGAAGGCAGAUGGCCUUCGUUACGAUUCUGCAUCUGACGGCGUAUAUAUGGAUAAGAAUUCCGAAGAGGAAGCCAUUAAAUCGAAUAAUCCACAACAUGGUUUGACGAAGGAUGAAAUUAAGCAAUACGUUAAAGAUUUCGUUAGAGCCUCUAAGGAAAGUGUUGAAAAUGGUGCUGAUGGUGUAGAAAUUCACAGUGCUAAUGGCUAUCUGCUUAACCAGUUUUUAGAUCCUGGCUCCAACAAGAGAACCGAUGAAUACGGUGGUUCUAUUGAAAAUCGUGCUCGUUUUACCUUGGAAGUUGUUGAUGCAGUCGUUGAUGCAAUUGGUCCUGAAAAGACUGCAGUUCGUUUCUCUCCAUAUGGUAAGUUCGGCUCUAUGUCUGGUGGUAGUGCUCCAGAAAUUGUGGCGCAAUAUGCCUACGUAUUUGGUGAACUAGAACGUAGAGCUAAGCAAGGUAAGCGUUUGUCCUACAUUCAUUUAGUCGAACCUCGUGUUACUCAUCCAGGUUUACUGGAAGGUCAAGGCGAAUACGAUGAAGGUUCUAAUGAUUUCAUUUAUUCUAUUUGGAAAGGUGUAGUGCUUCGUGCUGGUAACUUGGCACUACAUCCAGAAGUGGUUAAGGAAUGGGUUAAAUUUCCACGUACAUUGAUUUGUUAUGGUCGUUUCUUCAUUUCUAACCCCGAUCUGGUAGAUCGUCUAGAAAAGGGUUUACCUUUGACUGAGUACGAUAGGGACAACUUCUACACUCAUGGUGCAGAAGGAUACACUGAUUAUCCAAACUACUCUGAAUGCGUUAAAGAAGGAUAUCAGAAGGAUUUAUAA